AAGAGCAGUUCCUGUUUUUGAAAGGACUGUUUGUAUAACAUACUCUCAACAAGGAGGCACCAUACUGCACAGGCAAUAUACUUUGUGUCUGUACUUUUUGCAAGAGGAUCAACUAUCUGCAAACUUUUGGCAACUGGAAGAUGCUAUGAUCCCCACCCUCAUAGUUCUGCUUUGUCUUGGACUGAGUCUGGGCCCCAGGAACCCAGUGCUGGCAGGGGGCCUCUCAAAACCCAUACUCAGAGCUGUGCCAAGUAAUGUGGUAACCAUUGGGAAGGAGGUAACUCUACUUUGUGAAGGCCCCUUAGAUGCCCAGGAAUACCAUUUCUAUAAAGAAGGUAACCCAGAUUCCCAGGUACCAACAGCUCAUGAAGACACUGAAAAAAAGGACAAGAUCUUUAUCUCAUCCAUUAAAAGUCAUGAUGCAGGCCAAUAUUGGUGUUAUUAUAAAAGCCCUGAUGGCACAUCAGAACACAGUGACCCCCUGAAGCUGGUGGUGACAGGUGUCUACACCAAACCCACCCUGUCUGCACUGCCAAACCCUGUUGUUGCCUUAGGAGGAUCUGUGACCCUCUCAUGUACCUCAAAUCAGAAAUACGACAGGUUCAUUUUAAUUAAGGACAAGCAGUUCUACAGCUCCAUGGACUCACAAUAUGUAUAUACUGGCCUGUCUCCAGCCAGGUUCCAAGUGGGUCCCAUCACACUCAGUGAAAGAUGGAGUUUCAGAUGCUAUGGUUAUCAUGCAAUGAAGCCUCAAGUGUGGUCAGAAGGGAGUGACAUCCUGGAGCUUCUAGUCUCAGGGACCCUCCAGAAACCCACCAUCUGGGCUGAACCAGGCUCUGUGAUCACCUCAGGGAAUCCUGUGACAAUCUGGUGUGAGGGAACCAUGGAAACCCAAAUAUAUUUCCUGUAUAAAGAAGGAAGCCCAGCACACUGGGACAGAUUGACUGCACCAGUACCUGUUCACAAGGCCAAGUUUUUCAUCCCAUUCAUGAGGGCUUAUAAUGCAGGACGAUAUCGCUGUUACUGUUAUAACUCUGCUGGGUGGACACAGCAGAGUGAUGCCCUGGAGCUGGUGGUGACAGGUGUCUACAACAAACCCACCCUGUCUGCACUGCCAAACCCUGUUGUAGCCUUAGGAGGAUCUGUGACCCUCUCAUGUAUCUCAAAUCAGAGAUACGACAGGUUCAUUUUAAUUAAGGACAAGCCGUUCUCCAGCUCCAUGGACUCACAAUAUGUAUAUACUGGCCUGUCUCUAGCCAGGUUCCAAGUGGGUCCCAUCACACUCAGUGAAAGAUGGAGUUUCAGAUGCUAUGGCUAUCACACAAGCAAGCCUCAAGUGUGGUCAGAAGGCAGUGACAUCCUGGAGCUUCUAGUCUCAGGGACCCUCCAGAAACCCACCAUCGGGGGCUGAGCCGGGCUCUGUGAUCACCUCAGGGAAUCCUGUGACAAUCUGGUGUGAGGGAACCAUGAAAACUCAAAUAUAUUUCCUGUAUAAAGAAGGAAGCCCAGCACCCUGGGGCAGAUUAACUGCACCAGUGCCUGAUCACAGGGCCAAGUUUAUCAUCCCAUCCAUGAGAGAGAAUAAUGCAGGGCGAUAUCACUGUUACUGUUAUAACUCUGCUGGGUGGACUGAGAAGAGUGACGCCCUGGAGCUGGUGGUGACAGGAUCUCCUGAGAACAUCACUAUAUCACAAAACAUGUCCAAACCAAACACAGCCACAGACUCAGAGACACAGGAUCACCACACAGUGGAGAAUCUGCUCAGAAUGGGGAUGGCAGCCUUGGUCCUUGUGGUCCUUGGAAUACUGGUGUUUGAAGCUUGUCACAGCUCUAGACAUGAUCAACAAGGAAAUGGACUAUGAAUGGGAAGUACAGCAACACAUCUUUUGCAGUGUCAUGGACUAGACACUAAGUAUGGGGAUUCAGUGUGGAUUUGUAAGAAAAUACAGUUGCUCAUGUUGAAGAACUGAGUAGGGGUCAAUGUGAAUUGAGUGCAAGGGAAAUAAAUGUCUGUUUAUUGGGAUGGAGAGUACUUUCUCCACCAAUCAAAAUUAUUCCCUUACAUCUUGCUGUGGAAUUUGCUGACCAGUGCCUCUUUUCUUCUCACCUAAUGACUUGGGGGAACAUUCUGUACUAUCAACUAGGGUUGUCUCCUAAUCUAUACACUUAUUCUGCUUUGUCUUACUUUCAUGUAAAUUUCUAUUAUUUUAUAUUACUAUGUUCCCAUCAACAUUACAAACUUCAGGUUCUUUUCUACUGAGAGCAAAGUACUAAACUGAGUUACAAUAAACAUCAGCAGAAAUAAACCACCAGGAUAAAAAAUAAAUUACUUUAUUCAAAUGA